AUGAAUUACCCCAAACCAGACCAUUCUUCCACGGAGUCAGCAGGUAGGAACAGUGGCAUUCAAGCGAGUCGUCGUUCGAAGAAGGUAUCAGAGGAGUCCGGCGUUUUCCCUCUAGAAGGUAGUGCCGGAGCAGGCAACGAAGCCGCCCUUCUGAGCACCAGAAUGAGUAAUCUCACCAGCCCUCUGGCAAUCCUUGGUGAUAAUAACGCGGUCAGGUCCGGGGACGCCUUUACAUACCACUGUCAGUCACUGCGUAUUGGCUUUUUUUUUUUUUUUAACCCUCCUGAUAAGCGACAUAAAAUAGAUAACUUACCUCCCUUGUAUAUUCCAGACUUAAGCAAGGGGAACUCGUAA